CCAAUGGUAUUCCGUCUUCAGGAAUCCAUCACUAAUGCCACAAUAGACACACUUUCACCAUCUAGCUCAGACUAUGAUGCCACAUUUGGUCUCAGACACAGGCCUAAUGGCCCCAUUGUGGAGACAAGGGACCUAGUACCUGGAUUGCUUACAGUGCUACCUCUGAUAUCAGCUAUUAGAAGGGACUUUGUUCCCGAGGAGGAAGAAUGUUUCACUAUACGUAUAUUCCCUGUUGAUGUUCCUGGUCGCCGUGAGCUGUUUACAUGCAAUGAAGAUGGAGCAGGUGCAGACAAUUAUUUCUGUGAACACACCAUCUGCAUAGAAAAUUAUGAAAUCGGGCCAUUUGAAGUUGCAUUUGUGAAGACAGCCUACACUGUUGAUGAGAGUGUGGGUGCAGUGAAUGUGUGUGUCAAUCUCACACAACCAGCAAUUGACAUUCUUGAUGAAACUGCCAAUGUAUUUGUCAUCGAUAACCCCAGUUCAGUCUACAUCCCAGCUGGUACUCCAAUAGCAACUCCUGAUCACCCUAAUUUUCUAAGUCAAAUACCUAAUGAUACUAGGAUCUGACUAUGAACAGCAGACAAUAGCUGUCAAUUCCAUUGAUGAUUUUUUGAUUCAUGAAUUUAGAAGAAUCAUCUGUUACAAUCAGACUAUAUAUGAUGAUUUUCGUCUGGAGAUGAAUGAAUAUGCAGGCCUCACAUUGGG